AUGACGAUUAUAGAAUGUGCUGGUUGCACAUUGAUUGCAUUUGGUGUGCCAUUUUCAAUGUUUGUAUUUACCAUUGCACAUCAUCCAUUUCGCAUCAUAAUUGCGAUGACAAGUGCAUUUUUUUGGCUUAUAUCAUUACUUUUAUCAUCGCUUCUUUGGUUUGCUGUUGUACCAUUGCGUAAUCAACUUGCUUUCGCAGUUCCAUUUACUGUGUUAUUUCAGGAAAUAUUUCGAUAUUUAUUUUAUCGUUUGAUCAAAAAAGCUGAAUUUGCUUUACAAAAAGCGCAAAUGCAAGAAUUAACAGCUAAAGGAAUGGUAUUUGAUCGAUUUGCUGUUGCUUAUGCUUCAGGAUAUGGUUUUGGUUUAAUUAGUGGAACAUUUGCUAUUGUCAAUGUACUAAGUGAUAUGACAGGUCCUGGUACCAUUGGUAUUUUUGGACAUUCACCAGACUUUUUUAUUGCUACAGCAUUUCUCGCAUUAUGUAUCAUUCUAUUAAAUACAUUUUGGGGUGUCAUUUUCUAUACGUCACUUGAUAAAGGUGGCAUGCAUAGAAUUAUUGGUCCUGCAAUUGUUGUUCUUACCCAUAUGCUUUUUUCUUGCAUGACAUUAUUAAAUCGAAAAUCUACACCAACUUAUUCAAUAUCAAUUGUUAUUGGUUAUGUACUUCUGAUUGGAAUGAUGUUUUUCGCUCGUGUAUUACAUUUACAUUUUGAUUUUCUAAGGAAAAAUAGGCAUCAUUUUUCGUAUGUACAAAAUGUAUACAGGAUGGCAUCAUCGUCAUUGGCUAAGAAAAAAAUUGCAUUUGUUGGUUCGGGUAAUUGGGGAAGUGCCAUCGCUUGCCAUAUCGGUGACAAAGUUCGUCAAUUAAAUGGUCAAUAUCAUGAACAAAUAUUAAUGUGGUGCAAAGAAGAAAUAUUAGAUGAUGGUAGAAAAUUAACAGAAGUGAUAAAUCAACAACACGAAAAUAUCAAAUAUUUACCAGAUCGAAAAAUUCCUGAAAAUAUUAUUGCUAUACCUGACCUUGAUAUAGCAGUUAAAGAUGCGGAUAUAAUUAUUUUUGUUGUACCACAUCAAUAUGUCAAAAAUAUUUGUGAGCAAUUGAAAAACAACAUAAAAAAGGAUGCAUUUGCUUUAACAUUAAUUAAAGGAUUUUAUGUUGAUGAACAAACCAAAGAACUUACACUUGUUUCACAAAUUAUUAAAAAUACAUUAAACAUUCCAUGUGCAAGUAUGAUGGGAGCUAAUAUUGCUAAUGAAGUAGCUAAAAAAAUCUUCUGUGAAGCAACAGUAGGAUGUCGUGAUGAUAAACAUAGUGAAAUAAUUCGGCAAUUAAUUGAUACACCUGUUUUUCGUUUACGUUUUUUUCCCGAUGUUGAAAUUAUCGAAAUGCUUGGUGGUUUAAAAAAUAUUGUUUCAAUGUUAGCUGGUUUUGCUGAAGGUUUAGAUGCCGGUUUCAAUACACGAGCAGCUAUUCUUCGUUUGGGUUUUGUUGAAAUGAUUAAUUUUUGUCGUCUAUAUAAAAAAGAAUCAACAUCAGAAAUUUAUUUACAAUCAUGUGGUAUAGCUGAUUUAAUAGCAUCAUCAUUAGGUGGAAGAAAUUAUAGAGGUGCAAAAACAAUGGUCCAAACAAAAGAUUCAUUAGCAUAUAUUGAAAAAAAAGAUUUUAAUGGACAAUCACUGCAAGGUCCAAGUACAGCAAAGGAAGUUUAUCGUUAUCUUCAUGCUCGAAAUCUAUUAGAUCGAUUUCCACUUUUUCGUGAUACUCAUCUUAUUUGUGAAAGUAUAAUUAAACCACAUGUGUUUUUGGAUAAUUUAGGUAAUCAUCCAGAAUUCCAUCGAACUAUUCCAGAAUAG